UGCCGCCCCGCACUGACUCGCCUUUGGUGCUUGCAAGUGGUGGUGACCUUCUCAGAUGAACGCCCCUCCAAUUGCCUCCGCACCGUUGACAUAGCCGGGACAGUAUCUCAGUAUAAAAGUCUAGAGAACCCAUGACCUCCUGAAUUCUGUCCUGUUUGUUGCUUCAUUGGAAGUUAUCGAGGUCAAUUGCUCUCCCUCUCUUAGCUCUUUCCCCUCUCACUUACACACAACGUAUUUGAGCCUCAUACUGUCAUCUUCAUUAUCACCAUCAUGCGUCGCGCAAUCUCUCGCGGCCUGGGUGCUUCCAGCCGAUCUACUCCCGCCCUUUCUCGAUCCUCUCUCCUCGCCUCAUCUAACAUCACAAGCGGCUCGUCCCAUGUCGCUGCCAGGCGCAUUCAUGCGACAAGCAAGCAGCUUCAGCCUGUGACGGCUGCCCUGGCCUCAACCGCCAGCAGUUAUCCUACCACUCACGCAAAGGUCGAGGCGGUCGAUACUCCCUACUUCAUUGACAACAAGUUUGUUUCGUCUUCGACCGAUAAGUACAUCGACUUGCACGAUCCCGCUACCAACGAGCUCGUUACUCGCGUCCCUCAGAUGACCGACGCUGAGAUGAAGGCUGCCGUUGCAAGCGCCGAGAAGGCCUUCAAGUCAUGGAAGAACACUACUGUCAUCUCUCGACAGCAGAUCAUGUUCCGAUUUGUCCAGCUUAUUCGUGAGAAUUGGGACCGCCUCGCUGCCAGCAUUACUCUCGAGCAAGGCAAGACCUUUGCUGAUGCCAAGGGUGAUGUCCUUCGUGGUCUUCAGGUCGCUGAGGCUGCUAUUGCCGCCCCAGAGCUUCUCAAGGGUGAGGUCCUUGAAGUCUCCAAGGACAUGGAGACCCGAACCUACCGUGAGCCCCUGGGUGUCACCGCUGCUAUCUGCCCCUUCAACUUCCCUGCCAUGAUUCCCCUUUGGUGCAUCCCUAUUGCCACCAUCACUGGAAACACCCUCAUACUCAAGCCUUCUGAGCGUGACCCCGGUGCUGCCAUGAUCAUUGCCGAGCUUGUCCAGAAGGCUGGCUUCCCCGAGGGUGUUGUCAACAUCAUUCACGGUGCCCACCGCACCGUCGACUUCAUCCUCGAUGAGCCCGCUAUCAAAGCAAUCAGCUUCGUUGGUGGUAACAAGGCCGGCGAAUACAUCUUCAGCCGUGGUUCCGCCAAUGGCAAGCGUGUUCAGGCCAACCUGGGCGCCAAGAACCACGCUGUCGUCUCUCCUGAUGCCAACAAGAACCAGUUCAUCAACUCCAUUACCGGUGCCGCUUUCGGUGCUGCCGGUCAGCGCUGCAUGGCUUUGAGCACUCUUGUUAUGGUUGGCGAGACCAAGGAGUGGCUCAACGAGGUCGCCGAGCAAGCCAAGCAUCUCAACGUCAAUGGUGGCUUCGAGGAGGGCGCCGAUCUCGGUCCCGUGAUCUCCCCGCAGAGCAAGGAGCGUAUCGAGAAGCUCAUUGAGUCUGCCGAGAAGGAGGGCGCUACUAUUCUUCUCGAUGGCCGUGGCUACAAGCCCAGUAAGUACCCUAACGGUAACUGGGUUGGCCCUACCAUCAUCACCAAUGUCACACCUGACAUGACCUGUUACAAGGAGGAGGUCUUCGGCCCGGUCCUUGUCUGCCUCAACGCAGAGUCCAUUGAUGACGCUAUCGACCUUGUUAACAAGAACGAGUAUGGUAAUGGUACUGCUAUCUUCACCAGGUCUGGUGCUACUGCCGAGACCUUCCGCAAGAACAUUGAGGCUGGUCAGGUGGGCAUCAAUGUCCCUAUCCCUGUCCCUCUGCCCAUGUUCUCUUUCACUGGUAACAAGAAGUCUAUUGCUGGUGGCGGUGCCAGCACAUUCUACGGAAAGCCUGGCAUCAACUUCUACACUCAGCUCAAGACUGUCACAGCUCUAUGGCAGAGUGCUGAUGCCGUUGCUAAAAAGGCUGAUGUUUCCAUGCCUACCCAACAAUAAUCAGGCAACAACUCAGAUGGUGGAUUUGUUUUAAAAGGAAAAGCGAGCAAGCAAGAACGGGAGACGGAAAACGGGAUAUUGAUGUAGAAUGCAUAUCUGCUAGCAUAAUAAGGGCAAUAGUCAGGCUGUUGGGCUCAGCCGAGUGUCAUGAAAUUUCAAAAACAUCGGAAACUUCAUUCUAUUUCGCUAUAUGUGUCUUACUCAUUUUGCAAUCUCUUUUCGUCGUUUUGAC